UAUGGAUUUAGGAAAAAUCAUUCCACACAGCACGCUAUCAUUGAUAUUGUGGACAAAAUAUGCAAGAAUAUGGAGUCCAAGAAAUUUACCUGUGGUAUAUUUAUUGAUUUGAAAAAAGUAUUCGACACAGUUGAUCAUUCUAUUUUACUGACCAAAUUGAAUCAUUAUGGAAUAAGCGGCCUAAUUCAUGAUUGGUUCAACUCUUACUUGAGUGAUCGAUCUCAAACAACCUCAAUCGGCAAUUGCACUUCCGAAGUUUUUUGUUGUUCUUAUGGAGUUCCUCAGGGGUCUGUUCUAGGACCACUAUUGUUUCUCCUUUACAUUAACGAUAUAACAUCCUCUUCUGACAAAUUUGAAUUUUGUUUAUUUGCUGAUGAUACUAGUAUGCUUUACCCUCAUUGUGAUAUUGAUGCACUUGAGCGUAUCGUGAAUGACGAAUUACGGAAGGUUUUAUAA